AGAGUGAUCACUCGUUCCUUUAUCCCAGGACGAUAACCUUCGCUGGGCUAAUCUUUUGACACGUGUCCAUGUUCGAAUUUCUUGGAAUAUUCCGUCAGAGUUGAGCCUAUAUAAAUUGCCUCUCCAGUUUUUGUAUAUUAGCCUUCUUCCAACUUAUCUCGCAGACAUAUCCAUACAACGCAGUCCUAACCAUGUCUGCCUUCGUUGGAAAGUAUGCUGAUGAACUGAUGAAGAACGCCAAGUACAUAGCGAGCCCAGGCAAGGGCAUACUAGCCGCGGACGAGAGCACGGGCACGAUCGGGAAGCGGCUGGCGAGCAUCAACGUGGAGAACAUCGAGUCGAACAGGCAGGCCCUGCGCGAGCUGCUCUUCACGUCCCCCUCGGCCCUCUCCUACCUCUCCGGCGUCAUCCUCUUCGAGGAGACCCUCUACCAGAAGACCUCCGACGGCAAGCCCUUCGUCGAAGUCCUCCAGGAGAACAACGUCAUCCCCGGCAUCAAGGUCGACAAGGGCACCGUCGACCUCGCCGGCACCAACGGCGAGACCACCACCCAGGGCCUCGACGCCCUCGCCGCCCGCUGCCAGCAGUACUACAAGGCGGGUGCCCGCUUCGCAAAGUGGCGGAGCGUCCUCAAGAUCGGGCCCACCGAGCCAUCCGAGCUGAGCAUCCAGCAGAACGCGCAGGGCCUCGCCCGCUACGCCAUCAUUUGUCAGGAGAACGGCCUCGUGCCCAUCGUCGAGCCCGAGAUCCUCACCGACGGCGCCCAUGGCGUCAACAAAUGCGCCGCCGUCACCGAGGCCGUGCUGGCCGCCGUCUACAAGGCGCUUAAUGAUCAUCACGUGCUCCUCGAGGGGACGCUCCUCAAGCCCAACAUGGUCACUCCCGGCUCCGACAGUCCCAAGGUGGCUGCAGAGGUGAUAGCUGAGUACACGGUGACGGCGCUGCGGCGGACAGUGCCGCCGGCGGUGCCAGGGAUCGUGUUCCUAUCGGGAGGGCAGAGCGAGGAGGAGGCGACGGUGAAUCUGAACGCGAUGAACAAAUUGGAGGUGUUGAAGCCGUGGACGCUGUCAUUCUCAUUCGGGCGGGCGCUGCAGCAGAGCACGCUCAAGACAUGGGCGGGGAAGAAGGAGAAUGUGGAGAAGGCGCAGGCGGCCUUCUUGGCGAGGUGCAAGGCCAACUCGGAGGCUACACUUGGGAAGUACGUCGGCGGAGCCGCCGGCGACUUGGCCGCCCAGAGCUUGUACGAGCAAGGAUAUAAGUAUUGAGUUAUGAUUUGUGGUACAUAUACUUUACAGAGAUGCCUCUCCAAAAUUCUAAUAUAACAUGUCUUUCUUUUCA